AUGCAGCUUCCCACUCUCGUCUCGUCUCUCUCCCUCCUGGGGGCCGCCUUGGCGGUUUCGGACCAUGUCCAGACCUUGGAAGAUAGGGCGGUGGCCAACGCGACGGUCGUUCUCAAGACAGCAACUGUCGUCGGAAACGUCAUGAACAAUGUUGAAUCUUUCGGCGGCAUUCCCUACGCCAAGCCGCCUACCGGACAAUUGCGAUUGAAGCCUCCCGUGCGCCUCACAGAUAACAUUGGAACCUUUGACGCCACCGGCCCGGCGGCUGCCUGCCCGCAGAUGGUUUCCUCUUCUGACAGCGACAACAUCCUCUUCAACCUGUUGGGAGACAUUGCGAACCUUCCUUUCGUUCAGAAGGCGACUGGCCAGACUGAGGACUGCCUAACCAUCACGGUGGCUCGUCCUCAGGGCACCACGGCAGAUGCGAAGCUGCCCGUGCUCUACUGGAUCUUUGGAGGUGGAUUUGAGCUCGGAUGGUCCUCCAUGUACGAUGGAACCGGCCUUGUCCAGCACGGUGUCGAUAUUAGCAAGCCCUUCAUUUUCGUCGCCGUGAACUACCGCGUCGCCGGCUUCGGCUUCAUGCCCGGCAAGGAGAUCCUCGCCGACGGGUCCGCAAACCUUGGUCUCCUCGAUCAGAGAAUGGGCCUCGAGUGGGUUGCAGACAACAUUGCGGCUUUUGGUGGCGAUCCGGACAAGGUCACCAUCUGGGGCGAGUCUGCCGGCGCAAUCUCCGUCUUCGAUCAAAUGGCUCUGUACAACGGAAAUAACAAGUACAACGGCAAAGCGCUCUUCCGCGGUGCCAUCAUGAACUCUGGCAGCAUCGUCCCUACCGACCCCGUCGAUUGCCCGAAGGGCCAGGCCGUGUACGAUAAGGUCGUCUCAGAGGCAGGCUGCGCCGGCAAGGCCGACACGCUGGCCUGUCUGCGCGGGGUUGACUACACUACGUUCCUGAACGCCGUCACAUCUGUCCCUGGGAUCCUCUCCUACAACUCUCUCGCUUUGUCUUACCUGCCCCGUCCGGAUGGCAAGACUCUUACUGCGAGCCCUGAUGUGCUGGCUAAGAACGGCCAGUACGCAGCCGUGCCCAUGAUCAUCGGAGAUCAAGAAGAUGAAGGCACUCUUUUCGGCAUCUUCCAACCCAACCUGACUACCACUGAUAAGCUCGUCACGUACCUCAAGAACUACUACUUCGCGACUGCCACCACGGCCCAGAUAACUGCUUACGUUAACACCUACGAUGAUGGCGUGACAGCCGUCAUCAACGGCAGCCCUCACCGCACCGGGCUUCUUAACGAGAUCUUCCCCGGCUUCAAGCGCCGUUCAGCCGUCCUUGGCGACUUGGUUUUCACCCUAACUCGCCGCGUCUUCCUCACCCUUGCUAGCUCCGUACAGCCCACUGUACCUUCGUGGUCAUACCUCUCGUCGUACGACUACGGUACUCCGAUCCUGGGUACUUUCCACGGAUCCGACUUGCUCCAGGUCUUCUACGGUAUCAAGGACAACUACGCCGCGCGAAGCAUCCGUACCUAUUACACCAACUUUGUCUACGCCUCAGACCCUAACGUGGGCCUCAAUGGAGCCUACCCAGCCUGGCCCCAGUGGUCCCAGGGCCAGAAUUUGAUGCAGUUCUUUGCGGACAAGGCCAGCACUCUGAAGGACGACUUCAGAAAGACGAGUUCCGACUGGAUCCUGAAUAACGCUGGAAGCUUGUACUUCUAG